CGGCAUCGGCAUCACCGCCGGCAGCGGCAUCACCGCCGGCAGCGGCAUCACCGCCGGCAGCGGCAUCACCGUCGGCAUCAGCGUCACCACCAUGGCCCUGCGGGCGCUGUGGCUCCUCAGGCACGACCCCGCGGCCGGCGGAGCCGUGCUCUUCUCCAGGCGUUACCCCACGGUCGAGUUGCGCGCCGAGACCUUCAGCGGGUCCACGUACGUGCCGGUGCCCUCGGACAGCGCUUUCCUGAAGGCCCUGCUGUUUGAGCUGAGACUGGUGGACGGCCACGUUUUUGUGGAGCAUCGGGACACUUGCACUCGGAUCGACCACUCCUCGGUGUAUUCAGUGUCCACUGACUCAGGGGAUCUCUGGCCUGUCCUUGCUUUCCAGAAGAGUGGGCUGAUCUACGCUUGUCUCCCGCUGGUCGAGGGGCCCUUGGAGCCACGGCCUCCCCUCCUCACCGUCAGCGGGCUCUCCCAGGGACUGGCUCUUCUGUUGGGAAUCAUGGACUACAUCUCUCCCAGUCGGAAGAACGAAGCUGAGAUGAACACAAAGGUGGGCCAGCUCCGAAACCUGCUCGUCCAGGCCUGUCCCCUGGGCACCCCCUUGAACACAAACAUCCGCGGCCUGAACAGCUCCUUCGAGGACAUCCAGGAGAUGCCUGCGGAUAAGGAUCAGCCGGCUUGGAGAUCCAGCAGCUACAAAGGCAAACCUCAGGUCAAUGUCUGCAUCACUGAGAAGGUCAAGUGCAUGCAGUAUGACCAGAGGGAUGCGGUGGACACGUGGCAGGUUUAUGGAGCUGUAAACUGCAAGUGUGACAUAGAGGGAUCUGCACCAAAAGUAACCCUCACCCUGAAUCUCCCAAGCAAUGCUCCUCCGCUCCAGGAUAUCGUGAUCCAUCACUGUGUGACCUCCAUUGACCCUGCCAUGCUCAUGUCCUUUAGUGCUGAGCCACUGGAUGAUUCUGUGUACAAUGGACCUUACAAAUUUCCCUUCAUUCCUCCCUCAGAUUCCUUCAACUUGUGUUACUACACUUCCCAGGUUCCUGUUCCACCGAUUUUGGGAUGUUAUCAACUCGUUGAAGAGGGACCACAGGUAAAAAUAACAGUUAAUUUAAAGCUCCAUGAAAGCAUAAAGAAUUCUUUUGAGUACUGUGAAGCUCGGAUACCUUUUUUCAACAGGGGCCCAGUUGCUCAGCUGGAGUACAAAGUUAGUUAUGGCCAACUGGAUUUGUCCCGGGAGAAGAACCUCCUGGUUUGGGUCAUUGGACAGAAGUUCCCCAAGUCUUUGGAAGUUUCUCUGACUGGAACCUUGUCUUUUGGCCCUGCAGGCAAAGAGCACCCCACUGAUUACAUGUGCACUGGGAACACUGCUUAUGUCAAACUGCAUUUUAGGAUCCCAGACUUUACACUGACUGGAUGUUACGUAGACCAACAUUCUGUUCAGAUCUUUGUACCAGGGAAACCCAAAAUUACUGCAGCCCGGGAACUGAUUUCUUCUGAUUACUACCUCUGGAAUUCCAAAGCACCAGCACCCAUGGUGUACAAACCAUCACUUGACUAAUUUCCUUGCAAAUAAUUUUUUGUAUUUAAUCAAAGCAUAUAGUUAUUGAGAUUAUG